CUCGCUCCCCUCUGACUGAUACGUUGCUUUCUCGCGCAAAGAUCCACUCAACUCAAGUUCACGUUCACGAAGAAGGCUCGCUCUUCUUCUCUCACUGACUUCCCACGAUUUUCUCUCCAUUUUCCCUCACUUUCCCUCUCCAAUCGGCACCACCAGGAAAAAGCGAAGCACGUGAUUUUCACCAUCCCCGGAGCUUUUGGCGAACCUCCACCGCUCGCGACAUAGCUCAGCUCCGGCACCAUUCGCCACUUCCUCCGAAUGCAGCUCGAUUUUGCCUCUUUCGCUUGAACGUUAGGUCCUGAACUCUUCCUUUCAGCUCUCAGCGACGAGCUUUGAGCGUCUCUUUUCGCAUUCUUCUUGUCCGCCUCGGUUUGGAGCAAUUAGCCUUGUCCCUGCCCUAAGGUCGCUGGUUCACUGUCCGUACGAGCGGGAAUCGGGGGGGCAAGUUUGGGUGAUAAGUCAGUGUCGGUAAGUAAUCAAUUGAGGAUUGAUUCAAGUUUUUUAGCAUCGAAUUGCUAAAAUGUGCUUGAAGUUGAUCUGAAUAUAUUCUGCAAAUUAACUGUGGAGAGAGAGAGAGAGAGAGAGAGGGAGGGAGGGAGGGAGAGUUUUGCAAUGUCAUGCCCUCCCCGCGUGCGUUCGACGAAUGUCAUAGAGCCAGAAAUUCGACCAGUACUGAGACCAGCUGCAAACAAUGCUCCAAUGGCCAACGCCAACACUUUGAAACCUACCUCGAAGCCCAGCAAGAAACCUGAUAAGCUGCCACAGAAAUCAGAGCCUAAGGACAAGAAGGGACUUUCCACUCCACCGGUCUCGCAGAAGUCAGGCGCUGCUGCACUUCUGCAGCACCAAGAGAUGGUGAUGGGGCCAAAAUUGGCAAGGAGUGCUUCAUGUUCGUCUGAUGCUUCAUCGUCUGAUUCGUCACAGAGUCGGACAUCAAGCAGGAUGGACACAGGGAGGAGGACAAGUGUCAUGGUGAGGAAGAAGAAAUGUAGCAUGAAGGCAGACCGACCUGAUAGUACAGAGGCAGACACGGUUGAAAAGGUUGGUGAUGAUGGCGGGUUAGUUGAAUCCCUGGAUGCUGUAGAGGUCAAGAAAAGAUGUAGUUGGGUCACGCCAAAUACAGAUCUUAAUUAUGCUGCUUUUCAUGAUGAGGAAUGGGGUUUCCCAGUUCAUGACGACAGGAGAUUAUUUGAAUUGCUCUGCUUAUCAGGUGCUUUAGCUGAACUGACAUGGCCAGCCAUUCUUACCAAAAGGCAUAUUUUUAGGGAAGUCUUCUUGGACUUUGAUCCAGUCUCCGUGUCAAAACUAAAUGAGAAAAAGGUAACAGCACCAGGAAGCCCUGCCAUUUCAUUAUUAUCGGAGCCAAAGCUGCGAGCUAUCAUUGAAAAUGCACGUCAGAUGUGCCAGGUAAUCGAAGAGUUCGGAUCCUUUGACAAGUAUAUAUGGAACUUUGUAAACCACAACCCACUUGUCAGCCACUUUAAGUAUUCACGUCAGGUGCCUGCGAAAACUUCAAAGGCGGAGUUCAUAAGCAAAGAAUUGAUCAAGAGAGGGUUCCGGAGUGUCAGCCCCACAGUUGUCUACUCAUUCAUGCAGGUUGCUGGAUUGACUAACGACCAUCUUGUUAGUUGCUUCAGAUUUCAUGAGUGCAUCACGUUCGCAGAAGCUCGUGAAAAAGAUGACAGAAAUGCUGAGGACGGAAAAAAAACCAGUGAAACAAGUGGUCUGAUACUGCCAAGAGCGAAGGGCGAAUCAUCUUCCCCCCUCGAGUAAUUUAAGGGGGAUUUCCAGCCAUUGUAAUUUUGUCUGAUGACCAGGCAGGUCGGUUGUGUAAAAUCAUUGUCACUAGGGACCACUAGCUGUUGUAUCACUCUCUUGUGCUCGUCUGGUAUGACUUAUUGCCGCGCGAUCCCUAAUUGAGAUGACUCGUAUUCAGCAAUUAUUGA